AUGUCAUUUUAUGAUUUGCCUAAAAAUGGAUUGGUUCUCUUGAAUUGUGAGUUAUUUCUGAUUGUGAACAUUUUUCGAUUUUCAAUAUAUUAUUGAAUAUUCAAUUUUCAGCAAAAUCUGAACCAAAUGUCACUUCAAAACUUGUACUUUCUGGAUAUGAAACAGAAAAACUUGUUAUAAUAAACCAUGAGAACACAAAAUCGUGGUUUCAGAAGUUUUUCAAAAAUUCGGAAUCCUCAACUUUUUUGACAUACACGGAAAAUAAUUUUCCUGAAGUUUCAAAUUGCAAAAAUGUUAUUUUCAUCGAUUUCUCCUUAUUUUGCCGAGUCUUCAAAUUGUCAGAAAUUUUGCGAAUAUUGAACAAGUUGAAAAGUUAGUUUCUCUUAAAAGCUAUCAAAAAUUGAAUUUAUUUCAGAAGAAACACGUGUUUUUAUUCCUGCUGAUGAAACAAUUCCUUCGAAUAUUUUGAAACAAGUUUACAGUUUAUCAAAUGUUAUUUAUAAUAUUCGAUCAAAUCAGGACUCAUUUUCAUCGACGACAAUUAUUUUCGAUAAAAGAGGAAGAAUUAGUACACAAGAGGAAUCAAUUACUUUUUCUGAAAGUUCGAAACCCGUUGUGAAAAAAAUGAAAACCACGGAAAUGUCAAGAAUUGAAUCAAUAGAUGUGAAAGAAUUGCAAUCGAGUAUCGAUCAAGUUUCAUCAAAAGAAGCUGCUGAAAAAGCAGCGAGAGAUGCAUUGCAAUUACCAUAUAUUUCUGGAAGGCAAGAAGAUGGUUAGUUUGUUUUCCAAAUUUCCCAAAAAAAAUGAUAAUCAUUUUUAGGAGUUGCGAUUCGCGAUGCAUCCACGAGAAAAAUCAGAGUCGGUGGACAAAUUGUUUAUGAACCAGAUCAAGCUGAUGAUUUAGAUGACAGUGAUCCGGAUGAUGAUUUGAAUAUCUAA